AUGUAUCUGUGGCUCCGCAUAAGUGGCAUGUAUCUUUAUCAGCCAUAUGGCGAUGGUGAAGGACCUCACCUGUGGGCAUCGACUGCCUGGCUAGUCGCCAAACAAACAUUCUCAACUUCGAAGCGGUCCUCGCGCCGUCGCCCUCGGGAGCCAUCAGCCAUGGACGACUCGGCCCAGCUGCAGCGGUUCAUCGAGCAAGAGAAGGAGAAGAUGAUGGUGAGCGAGAUGAUCGGCAAGGUGACGAGCGAGUGCUGGGACAAGUGCAUCACAGGCGCUCCCGGGAGCAAGCUGAGCUCCGGCGAGACCAGCUGCCUGAGCAACUGCGCGAAGAGGUUCAUCGACAUGAGCGAGAUCAUCGCGAAACGUUUCGGUGUGCACUAGAACAAGGCCGCCACAUGCACGUGUGCAGUUGCUUCCUGGCCUUUUGAGCUAUGUGUCCUUCGGUGUGAGCGGAUUUUGGUGUGGCGUUGAAAGAUGCAUAGGUAUGUUCAGUGGGGGUUUAACUGAGCACCGAAGUAUGCCUGUCAUUGUCGUCAUCCUUGUAGUAAUUCUCGCACUCUGGGUUGAACUUUUGACCGCGCUUCCAGGAGCAAGCAAGAAGCUUGGCCUGUUUUAACACGCCAAGAUUGUGUUCCUUUU